AUGUCUCUGGGCUUACCUGAAAAAUCAGAACAAGUUCUCCGCCGACCUUCCUCCAACGAUUCCGGCUACUUCGACUCCGGCAACCAUGACUCCUCUCUCUCUCUCAACCUAUCGUCUUCAUUUUUGGGUUUCCGGACGGUGGGUUCAUUUUUGGGUUUCCAGACAAUCAGUUUCCAGAAGGAUUACUUGCACAUACUUCAGAAGAUUAGAUAUUUCUAUUCGACAACCGAACGAGCAUUUGAAACACCCUUUAGGUCAAGAGAGCUUCUCUUUGAGAAGCAAAAGUUAUUCCAAAGCAUCCACAAACACACGUAUUUGAAAGGGCCUUAUGAUAAGAUCAUUGUUAAUAUAUAUAUUGUAUAUUCAAUUCCACCUACACAAUAACCUACACAAUAACCCAUACAGACACCAAAUCCAUGCCUACAUCCAUACCACCUCCAUACCUCAGAUUUAUUUCCUUGGUUUCAUCUACAUGUAUAUAUUUGUGAUUCCUCUUCUGUAAUGAAACAGAUCAACUAAAAGCUUGGAAAAAAAAGCAAUUCAAUGAAAGCCCAGGUCAUUGUUUGACACAUAACUCAUAUCA